AUGGGUAGUCCUAAUGUUAGCUCAACCUCUACUGCUGAUAGGUUUGAUGACUUUACUGUUCCUCCUUCCCACCUAUUUUAUGUUCAUCCCUCGGAUAGUCCAGGUAGUCACCUGGUAUCCCCACCUUUUGAUGGUAGUGGUUUCGUUAUUUGGCGUAAAAACAUGUUGACUGCGUUAUCUGCUAAAAACAAGUUAGGUCUUAUAACUGGUAGAGUCCCAAAGCCCCAAUUUCAUUCCCUAUAUUAUCAGUUCUGGGAACGAUGUAAUGACAUGGUCAUUGCAUGGAUCACCAAUUCAUUGUCUAGAGAUAUAGCCAAUAGUGUGAUGUGUUUUGAUAAUGCCAAGGAUAUGUGGGCUAAUAUUAAUGAAAGGUUUGGUACCUCAAAUGGCUCCAAAUAUAUUCAAAUUCAGAGGGAAGUUAGUGCUACAUCUCAGGGGUCUUUGGACAUUGCCACUUAUUUCACCAAACUAAGGGGUCUUUGGGAUGAACUUAGUACUGCAUAUGUAGGACCGUUUGUUCUUGUGGAGCUUUGCCUAAAUUCAUUGAAGAAUAUAAAAUCUAUCAAUUUCUUAGUGGGUUAA